ACAGAAAAACAGCGAAUGGCUAUUUCGUACAGACUUCUGGAACAAGGCACAAUUCCAGAUUACCUUCUGCAGGGUUCUAAAAUGUCUGAUCGCUUGCUCUCAUCUAAUGGGUCCGGACUGCCGACUGACCCGACCCCAGGGGAGAAGAAACUGCGCUGGGCAGCCCUCCUGAUCUUCCUGGUGAUCAUCCCCACAAUUGGGGGCAACAUUCUUGUAAUCCUGGCAGUGUCCCUGGAGAAAAAGCUGCAGUACGCGACCAACUACUUUCUGAUGUCUCUGGCGGUAGCCGAUCUGCUGGUCGGGCUGUUUGUGAUGCCGAUCGCCCUCCUCACCAUUAUGUUUGAGCCAGUGUGGCCCCUUCCGCUGGUCCUCUGUCCUGCCUGGCUGUUUCUGGACGUGCUCUUUUCCACGGCGUCCAUCAUGCAUCUCUGCGCUAUCUCCGUGGACCGUUACAUAGCCAUCAAAAAGCCCAUUCAGGCCAGCCAGUAUAACUCCCGAGCUACAGCCCUCAUCAAGAUAACGGUGGUCUGGCUCAUUUCCAUAGGCAUCGCCAUCCCAGUCCCGAUUAAAGGCAUCGAGGCUGGGGAGGGGGACCCCAACAACAUCACGUGUGUGCUCACCAAGGAGCGCUUCAGUAACUUCAUGCUCUUUGGCUCUCUGGCGGCCUUCUUCACCCCCCUUGCCAUCAUGGUCGUCACCUACUUCCUCACCAUCCAAGCCCUUCGGAAGAAGGCCUACUUGAUCAAGAGCAAGCCACCUCAGCGUUUCACAUGGUCCACGGUGUCCACUGUUUUCCAAAGGGAUGAAACACCUUGCUCAUCCCCCGAAAAGGUAGCCAUGCUGGACUUUUCUCCCAAGAAUAAAACCAUGCCUAACACAAGUGAGGAAAUGUUUAUCCGACGGAUGUCCAGCAUUGGGAAAAAGUCUGUUCAGACGAUCACCAAUGAACAGAGGGCUUCCAAGGUGCUAGGGAUUGUGUUUUUCCUCUUUUUGUUUAUGUGGUGUCCUUUCUUUAUUACAAAUGUAACUCUAGCUUCAUGUGAUUCCUGUAGUCAGAGCACACUGCAAAAGCUUCUGGAGAUCUUUGUCUGGAUAGGGUAUGUUUCCUCAGGGGUGAAUCCUUUGGUCUACACUCUCUUUAACAAGACCUUUCGUGACGCAUUUGGUCGUUAUAUCACAUGCAAUUAUCAGGCCACCAAGGCAGGGAAGCCCCUUCGGAAGUGCUCGAGCAAGAUGUCCUUCAGAAACGCCAUGACAGAGAACUCCAACUUCUUUGUGAGACAAGGAGUGCGGAAUGGGAUUAACCCUGUCAUGUACCAGAGCCCCAUGAGACUCUGCAGUUCUCCCAUCCAGUCCCCAUCUACCAUUCUACUGGACAAACUACUUCUCACUGAAAACGAAGUGGACAAAACGGAAGAGCAAAUCAGCUACGUAUAGCGGAAUCCGUCUUACCUUCACCUGAAUGAUGCAAUGUGCGGAAUUAAGAGUAGGUGGAUGAACCCUUUGGAACCGUUAAAAAACAUUAUAGAUAAAAAGAACUGCAGAACCCAUGAUACUUCAUCUUCUUGAAGACCAAGAUUAAAUAUCAGUAUUGUCAAGUUUUCUUCCAUUUGGCCAGACAAUUCCAUGAAAUAGCUAAUUUGCACAGAAAUAAAGACCGUGUAGCACUAUACCAUAAUUAAACUGUCAAAAGAUUCAAAUAAAGUUCAGUCAACUAUUUAAUCAACAACUUUGGCCCUGUCUUCUUUUAUGAAAUCAUUAAAAUCUGGACCAUUUAUUAAGGAACUAAGGUAUAGAGUGGUUCUAGAAGGCUAGGU